AAGGGUUAGUUUAAUGUCUUGUGGCUAUUUUUACCCAAAAUAAGGUGCAAUUUGUUAAAAAAUAAAAGUUACUUACAUUAAAAACAAUAAACAAGCUUUUAUACGUAAAAGCGCGGGAAAAUGCCGUCCGCCAUUGUGACGUCACAAUACCGCGCCAACGUUUGAAUUCCAGAAGUAAAAAGUUGAUGUUAGCGAACUUUCUAAUAAGUUUAGGAUGUUUUGUAAUCCAAUUUAAUCAAAUAGUGUUUUAGUUCUGUAUUGGCAACUUAAUCGCUCCCCAAAUACGUACAGUGACCAAAUUCGAUCAAAAUGUUUAUUACGUAACAGGUACAAUUAUAAGUUAGAAAAAAGUUUUGGAAAAUCAGUUCGUUUUGAAAUUUCAGAAAAAAAUGGUCUUUUUUUGCAUUUGCAUACCUAUAUUUAUUGAAAAUGAAGGCCCAUAGAGCUCACGCGAAGACAGAAAUUUUCAAGCUGGUGUUUUUUGGUGUGUUUCUGGUGGCCCUGUGUCCUAUAGCAGAAACAGUAAGUCUAGAUGUAAUGUUUCCUGGACCUCCUACCAAAAUAAGCAAGAGAAUCUGCCAAAACGGGAUGAUUUCUGCCGGAAACUUUAACGGCGAUAAGAACAUGGAUUUGCUUUGUUCCUACGACGACGGUUGGGUACGCAUUUACUUGGCUGCGAACAACCGCUUUAACCGUGUGUAUUGGGAAGGCCAUACACCUAGAUGCGCAUUCCAAUCAGGCAGCCAUCGAUACCUUGCUGACUUCGAUAACGAUGGUUAUGAUGAUCUUUUCUGCUAUGAUCCUGUGUCUGGUAAAACGAACGUGGUCUUAUUCGACGGUGAGGCAUACCCGGAUGAGAUAUCUUGGACUGGGGAUAUACCAGAAUGCAAGGGUGAGGAUAAGAUGACUUAUGUAUUUGAUGCUAAUGGGGACGGCAAAGCUGACUUAGGAUGUGGUACAAAAUCAAAGAAUGGGCUUGAGAAGCUAUAUCUAAACGAGUUCCAAUUCUAAACGUUGGUCAUGUCUUUGUACAGGUUUAAACCUGUUUAAACUGGUUCUUAAUAUGUUUGUUAUGAUUCGUUAUGAAGUUGUCGUUGGGCCAAAACAAGGUUCUAAAAUAUAAAAAUUCUUUUUUUACUUGACUUUAACGAAAAGCGGGCUGUGACGAGUUAAGGUCGCUUUAUACCGGUUUAAACCGGUUCAGUCGCUUCUGAAAAACGUGGAAUUUUGUUUCAAAUUACAGGUAUAACUUUUGUAACUUUGGAAUUUAGAAGAAAAAUAAUUUGUUUUUACGAUUUUACUAUAAAACGACACGCAGCAAUGUGUAUCUUGCGAGAACGGACAUAAUUUAUCUAAUGUUAGCAAGAUAGCACAUAAUAAGAAGAAGACAUCAAGACGAAAUUGCACCACUUUAUAACGAUCAAAAACAUGAAGCUUUAAAACAGAUGGAGUCAAGAGGUAUAACUUAGUAUAUCGACUAAAAGUUCAAUAAUGCUCCCAGUAUAGUACUGUGGUUUAAGAUGGACACCAUUAGCAUACAAUGUUCCAUCGUGUUUUAAACAAUUAACAGCGCUAUAUCAUACUCGUGAGGCUACGGUUUUAUAAAUCUGUAAAUACUUUUUGUAAGCUACCAAAUGGGGCACAAAAUAUUCGAAUAAGUAUCAUCGUA